ACGCUAUGUCGAUCCUUGCUGAGCGGUUUGCUAACACCCCUGAGGACCCCCAGCGUCACAUCAGGAUAUCUGAAUGGGUACAGGACACCACCCCGGGGGUCUUCGACGAAGAGUUGGACGUAGAUCAGGUCAUGGGCAGAUCAAGGUCACAGAAAUCCUCAAACCAGGGGAGGGAACCAUCAUUCAUGUCAGAGCGGAGGGAACUCUCAUUUAAAUCAGAGGGGAAGUCAGGCAAAAAGGAGUGGGCUUCAAGAAGCAAGCGCAAUGAAACAGGGGCCAGUUUUCGCAGGAAGAAGUUCCAGGACAUCGAUGGAUUCUCCACCAUUUCUGACCGCAGCACUUCCAGCAGAAAAAGUCGAAGAAGUGGCAGGUUUACCCCUAAAGACCCGAAGUUGUAUCAUUACUAUGACAAUCAAAUUGCGAACAAAGAGGGACAACCCAAGAAUAAACUCCAAGAGGAGGAGGACGAGGACAUCACACAGAAGGAUUCUGCCUUCCAUACUCUCUCUAACAUCACUAGCAGUCAGGUGACAGAUAGACUGAGCAGUUACGACUCUGGGAUCACAAAGGACAUAUCGGACAUGAGCUAUCAACGUGGUGGUCAUCAAGGUUUUGGUGCUAUGCUGUCACCUGUCAAGUCUGAGUCUGCCAGCCCGAGACCACGCUCUCAUACCAGUCCACAAUCCUCGAAAGAUUGGCGUAAGUUCUUUGACAUGGUGCCAAACGCUGCAGAGCGCAGGCAGAUGGAGCAGAUCCGGAGGGAAAUGGAGGCGGGAAAACUGAAGCCCACGACACUCUCACCGAUCUCAUAUUUCGCAGAGGACCUUCCCAUGUUGCCUGGCGAGGCAGGAACCAGGCUCCUGCAGACAGUCAGAGUCGGGGAAAAGGUCCCUCAUCCAGGUGAUGGCAGACACAGAAUCGAGUCCGUACCCGGGAAGCUGGCAGUCCACACUCAGAAUGAGCAUGCGGGUCUCAGCAACUAUGGUAUCCUACAAAUGCAGUGGACUACAGAGGUGCCCUGGGUGCGUGACUGUUUUCAACCGCCAAGGAAGAUUCCCCAGCAUCGCCGCCAGGGAAUGAUGCCUGACGACAAUUCGUCCGACGUGGUACAGAUGCCUAAUAGUAACAGACUUCGAGAGUUCUCAGACGAGGACCUGCGUCUGCCGCACCUGGAAGCCGCCACCCCCCAGCUGACCAAUCAGCUGUCAGCGAACCAUUAUGAGUGGGCGCUCCCUCUACCGCCUCCGCCUGCAAAGGAAUCCCGCACGAACGUGGCCGCCAUCAAGAAAGACCAUGACGCGUACUGCAAGUACUAUCAGCUUGUGAAGAAGAAACUACAUCUGUAUACAUCGCAACAAAGGGAAAGAACCCAACAUCUUCCUGAAGUGUUUGUGAAACAGCUGAAAGAAGGUCAGCCGAAAUCGAGCUCAAAGCGUCCACAACGGUCUCGAACUCUCACCAAGUCUGACCUCAGUCCUUCACAUUUUCCUUCAAUCAAAAUUGGCCAGCUCAUUCGAAUUUAGUGGACAUAUAUGUUGUUAUCUAUAUUUUCUUUUUCCUGAUGAUUUUGGUAUAACUUUCAUAUACCAAAAUAACUUUUUUCUGAGCCUUGCAUUAUUAUUUGUUAAUUUUUAUUAAAUAAUGAAAAAUGU